CCUAAGAUCAAUAGUUUGGUCCGCGCGAAGUAUAUGAGAGCCAGCUCCAGAGCUCCACCCCAAAAUGGCAAUUUAUUAACACUUGAACUCUUAUUAAACUGUUAUACUUUGUUAGGUUGAUCCUUAUAUCAUGGCAAUCUUUGUAUUAGCUAAAAGGCAGCUGAUUUCCCAUCAAAUUCAGUUUCGUUAUUUGCUAUCAACACUUGUUCGCAACCCCUCUUCUUCAAAUGGGUAUGUCAACAUCUUCUCUCAGACAUUUCGUCGAACACUUUCAAUGCACUUUCAUACUCCCUUACACAAACAACAUUCACUGUAUUCCUCAACAUUACAACCAUCUUUAAUGCAAUCUAUAUACAACCCUAUUGAUUUCAAUGCAAUAGUAACCGAAAACAAUCAGAAAGAUGAACUGGGUGUUGUUGAAUUAGUAGAAUUAGUGCAGAAAACCAAGGAUUUUACUUCUAGGAAGGAAGCCAUUGAUUUUGUUGCUGGUUCUAGUAUUAAUCUUGAUGCCAACCAGGUUUAUAUAGCUAUCUGGGAAUUGAGGAAUGAUUGGAAGUUGGCUUUAUUGGCAUUUGAAUUGAACUUAAAAUGGGGUUUUGAAAAUGAGAAAUCAUUGGGUUUGAUAGUUUGGGUAUUGGGUACUCAUCAGAAGUUUGAUAUUGCUUGGUCUUUGAUUCGUGAUUUGCACGGGUCGGCGGAUACUCGACAAGCAAUGCUUGCUAUCAUAGAGAGAUAUGCAGCAGCAAAUAAUCAUGAGAAGGCCAUUAAAACAUUUCAAUUCAUGGAGAAAUUGACACUGCAUCCAGAUCAGAAUGCAUUAUAUACUGUCAUUAGUGCCCUAUGCAGAUAUGGCAAUAUUGAAGAGGCUGAGGAAUUCAUGCUAAAAAAUAAGAAGCUAUUUCCACUUGAGACCGAGGGCUUUAAUAUCAUUCUUCAUGGUUGGUGCAAUAUUAUUGUUGAUGUUGUUGAAGCAAAGAGAGUCUGGAGGGAGAUGGCAAGCUGCUGUGUUACACCUGAUGCAAUGUCUUACACGCACUUGAUUUCCUGCUUCUCGAAGGUCGGAAACCUUUUUGAUUCUCUGAGACUCUAUGAUGAGAUGAAGAAAAGGGGCUGGAUCCCUGGCCUUGAUGUCUAUAAUUCACUGAUUUAUGUUAUGGCUCAUGAAAACUGUUUGAGUGAAGCUCUUAAAAUUCUUGAGAAAAUCAAAGAGAUGGGUUUAAAACCAGAUUCUAGGUCAUACAAUUGCUUGAUUUGUCCUCUAUGUGAAGCUGGGAAAUUCAAGGAGGCAAAAUUUCUGCUGUCCAUUAUGACACAAGAGCAUGUCCAACCAACUAUUGAGACAUAUCAAGCAUUCUUGAAAGAUGCUGAUUUGGAAAGCACUUUUAAAAUUCUGAGUCAGAUGAAAAACGAUAAAGUUGGUCCAGACAAUUGUACAUUUCUACUAAUUUUUGAUAGGUUUUUUAAAUUAAGAGAACCCGGAAAUGUAUUGAAGGUGUGGGUUGAAAUGAGACACUUUGGAGUAGAUCCUGAAUCAGGACACUACCAGUCUGUUGUGCAUGGCUUGGCAAAUUGUGGCUGUUUGAUGAAGGCUAAGGAAUUGCAUACUGAGAUGCUUUCAAAUGGCUUUGUAGAUGAUCCGACACUCCAAAAAUUGUUACAAGGACCAGAAGAAGGUAGUCAUCAUAGGAAAGUUGGGUCUAUAAAAUUUAUGAACCCUGCUAAUGAAUCAAAAUCACCAUAUACAUCCUGUGUCAGACCAGAGAGGGGAGGGGGAAGGAGAAGUCGAGGUGCCAAAAGCUCAAAUAAGCAGCAAAGAUUCAAAGGAUCCUCUGUGUAAUUAUGAUUUAUGAACCAAGUUAUAUCAGAUGAUCUACUAUGUCACCAGUAGUUCUACGUCUGUCAUUGCUUCAAUCAAAAUAGUCUUUUGCGAUAAAAAGAUAGCUCUUGGUGAAUUAUAGCUAUGCCAUGAAUGAAAGGUGAAGACAGGCUUGUUAAACUUGUGAAUUUGGUGUAGAUAAUCUGGGAGGGUAACAUUACUGAGGUUAUUCUGGUUAAAUAUUCCAGAGUAUGUGAAUUGAGUACUGACGUUCACUAAGGGUUGCCUUAAUCUAAUUUCUGUUUGCACCUCCAGCUAAUGCUCGCUUUAGUGCCAGCCCUGUCAGGUUGAUUGCAUGAUGAUAAUAAAGGGUGGAAGCUUGUUAUUUUAGAGUUUGAAGGCAGCUUUGGCCCUGAGAAGUACUUGAGUUCUAAUUACACGGGCUUUAAUGGCUGAAAUUGCUUCUGAAACUAAUCCGGUAUGCAUAAAAUUGGCUUUACAAUGUAAAGGGAGCAGGACAGGAGGUAUGGAAAGCUCAAACUUGGCUCUUUUGCCAAGAGGCUAUUUCAAGAUCAGUUUUUUUAACCUCCAUUUUUUAUGCAAUUGUCAGUUGAGGAUUACAUCUCUGAAUUUGAUUAAUGAUAUGUCCAUGAAAUGAUGAAAGGCCUGAAGAGAAAAGUGAACUUUUGUGGUGAUUGCUGAACACAGAUCUUGCUAGAAAGGUUGAGCUCUAGCACAAUGGAUCUUCUGACUUUUUGAGUACAUGUUUAGAUCCUCUAUUAGGCGUGAAAAGCUAAAGGUGGGUUAAAUGUUGGAUGCGUGGGUCAGAUGUGAAUUUGUGGGGUGUAUCUGAGAGCAAGAAUGUUAGAACCAGUGUUACAAGGUUUGCGGGAUGUUGGCCCGAACCGCAACCUGGUUAAAUGUUGGAUGCGUGGGUCAGAUGUGAAUUUGUGGGGUGCAUCUGAGAGCAAGAAUGUUAGAACCAGUGUUACAAGGUUCGCGGGAUGUUGGCCCGAACCGCAACCUGGUUUGUUCGUACCGGAACACAGUACAGACGCGACUCAGGUCGCUGGAGUCCGUGAACCGAUUUCAUAGCUUGAAAGCUGAACUGUUCUUCCGUAGAUAUGUGUAUGUAAGGAUUUAGUUUCAUAUUUAUGCGAUUUUAGAUUAAAAAUUUGUUGAUAUAUGAAGAUUAUGGUAGAGAAUGGAAGGUUUUUAAUUUUUUUUUUCACAGAGAAGAUGAAGGUUGAAGAUGAUCGGUCUUUUUUUUUAUUAUCUACUCUCUCCAUCCCACAAUAUAGUUUCUAUUUGUGUUUUAUCAUGGUAUUUAAGAAAUA